ACUACAGCGGCGUGGGUUCGGCUGGGUGACACAAUUAUAACAACUUUAGCUCCGUGGCCGUGGAGGAUUUUAUGGUCAAAUACACACUUUUAACGGACCCUUCUUCUAUUUUUCCACCUUUGCAUUGCAACACAACCGCACUCGCGUUGAAAAUGUGACGCCCCGAAGGAAGGAACUACCGGAGAGUAGUGUUUCUCUCUCUCUCCAGCUCAAAAAGGGGAUUGUACCACCAUCAAAAUCGCAUUUUUUUUUUUAAUCCGGGGAGAAAAGUUUUUGAUCAUUUCUCUCUUGUCUUUUACUACAACAUUUUCCGAUUCGGCGGAUCGAUACGCGCUGGUUUCGAGUCUGCGAUCCCAUGCAAUCGUGCGCCGCCGCUUCGCUCGCCGCCGCCGCCGCCUGCGCCGCCGCGCCGCGGAGCCGCGUCGCCGCCUCGGCCUCUGGUGGGGAUGAGGAGGAGAAAAUGGCGGCGGGAAAAGCCAGUGAAACCGAGGAGGACUUUCCGACACUGACAGCCCCGGAGAGGGAGCGUCUGGCCGGCAUGGACAGUUCACUGUUUGGAUUCCAACGGCUUCAUGAAGAUGGCGCCAGAACGAGGCCCCUGCUGAUGAAGGCGGUGCGCUGCUACGACUCUCUCAUCCUGAAGGCCGAGGGCAAGGUGGAGCCGGAGGUCUUCUGCCAGCUGGGACACUUCAACCUCCUCCUCGAGGACUACCCCAAAGCAUUAUCCGCAUACCAGAGGUACUACAGUUUACAGUCGGACUACUGGAAGAAUGCAGCCUUUCUCUAUGGACUAGGCAUGGUGUACUUCCACUACAAUGCCUUCCAGUGGGCGAUCAAGGCCUUCCAGGAAGUGUUGUACAUCGACCCGGGCUUUGCCCGAGCAAAGGAGAUCCACCUGCGGCUCGGCCUGAUGUUCAAGGUCAACACGGACUACGAGUCGAGCCUGAAGCAUUUUCAGCUGGCUUUGAUUGACUCAAACCCCUGCACUUUGUCUAAAGCUGAAAUCCAGUUCCACAUCGCCCAUCUGUAUGAGAUUCAGAAGAGAUACCGUGCCGCCAAGGAGGCGUAUGAGGGCCUCCUGCAGGCGGAGGACCUCCCCCCACAGGUGAAGGCCACCACACUGCAGCAGCUAGGCUGGAUGCACCACACGGUGGAGCAGCUGGGGGAGCGAGCGGGUAAGGAGAGCUAUGACAUCCAGUGCCUGCAGAAGUCCCUGGAGGCCGACCCCAACUCUGGACAGUCCUGGUACUUCCUCGGCAGGUGCUACUCUAGCAUUGGCAAGGUGCAGGACGCGUUCAUCUCCUACCGGCAGUCCAUCGACAAAUCAGAGGCCAGCGCCGACACCUGGUGCUCGAUAGGUGUCCUUUACCAGCAGCAGAACCAGCCCAUGGACGCGCUGCAGGCCUACAUCUGCGCGGUUCAGCUGGACCACAGCCACGCCGCGGCCUGGAUGGACCUGGGCACGCUCUACGAGUCGUGCGGCCAGCCGCACGACGCCAUCAAGUGCUACGUCAACGCGACGCGCAGCAAGGCCUGCACCAACGCCGCCGCCCUCACACACCGCAUCAAGUGUCUGCAGGAAGAGUUGUGUAACAGGAGCCCAGUCAGUAGGGCUGCGGGGGGCAGGGUAGAGCUCCCUCUAAUUGAGGAUGCCUGGAGCCUGCCUAUCCCCGCUGAGCUAACCUCCCGACAGGAGGCGCUGCUCAAUGCAGCGCUGCAGGCCUCCAAGCCCCACCAGGGCCAGGAGGGGAGCUCGGGCCAGGCCCUGCCCCCCCACGUGGGCACCCUGGGGCAGCCUGACGACCAGUCCAGCCCCGCCAAGAGACGGAGGGCCUCCGGCCCCGGACAGAGCGACACGUGGGUCAGUACCCAGGCACCGCAGCCCGUCCCCAACUGGUACCUCUCUCCGCAGAAACUACAGCUCCUGGAGCAGUUGCGUAGCAACCGGGGCAGCCUAAAGCCCCUCCAGCAGCAGAUGUUGGAACAGCUGGAGGGGCAGUUCACCAUCAUGCAGCAGCACCAGCAGCAGAUGAGGCAGAAGGCCGCCCUCGCCGGCCCCCCCCGCCCCUCCCUCCUCAACGGGCCCACCGCCCACGCCCUCCCCUCCCCCCACCCCAGCCUGCACCCCUCCCGGCCCCCCCACCUCGGACCCCCCCACCGGCACCCCGCCCCCCCCCUCCCCCUGGCCAACGGGCCCCCGGGACACCUGGACCCGCUCUCCAUGGGCCACACCACCAGUACCCCCACCAGUACCACCAGUACCCCCAGUACCCCCACCUCCAGUAGUAACAAUCACCCGGCGACCGGUCCCAACGGAGACGUGCCUUACCAGCCGCCGGGGGGCAGCGGCGACCCCCCCCUGCUACCUCACACCUGCACAAGCAGCCGGGCCCCGCUGCUCCACCCCUCCCCCUCCCCCCCGCAGGGGCUUCAGAAGGGGUCCGCGCCGCACGCCGGGGGGUCCAACGGAGACCUUGGCCCCCCCCACCCCAAGACGGCCGACGCCUCCCCCGUCUCCCCCGCCACCCCGCACAACAAGGCCGGACACCCGCCUCCCCCGUCGCCGCGGCGACAGGCCCAGAACCACCAACACCACCACGGCCCCGCCCUCCCCUCUCCCCCCGCUCCCCCCCUCUCCUCCCCCUCCUCCUCCUCCUCCUCCGCCGCUACCUCGGGCGGAGCCAACGACCCCCCUACCAAAGACAGCUCCGCCUCCGUCUCCCUGGGCAACGGGGGCACGGAGCGCCUCCAGGCCCCGCCUCUUCCGCCCCCUCCCUCGACGACGCCCGGCAACGGCAGCCAUAACAACGCCGCCGCCGCCGCCGCCAAUCACGCGCGGCCGGGGGAGGGGAGCCUCACCGCAGACAAUCCCCGGCUGUCGGCUCUGCUGUCCGGGGCCGGCGGCGGGGGGAAGGCCCCCGCACCCGAGGGCCCCCCCCAGGCGGCGCCCCUCCCCCCCCCCUCCACCUCGACGGCCUCCUCCCCCGCCUCUGCGCUCUCCACCGCCACGCCCUCCCCCAAGUCCUCGGAACAACAACAACAACAGCAGCAGCAACACGCGGGCACGCACAGCCCCGCCACCGCCACGUCGACUGGCUCCGCCCCCUCCGUUGCCGCGACGACAUCGUCGUCGUCGUCGUCGUCCACGCCGACCGCCUCCGCCGUCGUCAACGGCAACGGCAAGGGGGCCAUCUCCUCGGAGGACUCCCGGAGCCCGGUGAAGGCGGAGCCGCCGGCACCGGGCGGGGCCACGGCGGCGGCCGGCUCGAAGGCCACGCCCCCUCACGCACAGGGCUCCGCCUCCUCCUCCUCUUCGUCCUCCUCCUCCAUAUCCAUCUACCCCAGCUCCGGGGAUGUCCUGAAGGCCUGCAGGAACCUGGGGAAGAACGGGCUGUCCAAUAGCAGCAUCCUCCUGGACAAGUGUCCCCCGCCUCGCCUGCCCCCGCCGCCCACCCCGGCCCUGCCCAAGGAGAGGCUGAACCCCCCCACGCCCAGCAUAUACCUGGAGAACAAGAGGGACGCCUUCUUCCCACCUCUUCAUCAGUUCUGCACCAACCCCUCCAACCCCGUCACCGUCAUCAGGGGUCUGGCCGGGGCCCUCAAGCUGGACCUGGGCCUGUUCUCCACCAAGACGCUGGUGGAGGCCAACCCGGACCACCUGGUGGAGGUGCGCACCCAGCUGUCCCAGCCCGCCGACGAGAACUGGGACGCCAGCGGCAGCAGGAAGAUGUGGCGCUGCGAGAGCACGCGCGCCCACACCACCAUCGCCAAGUUCGCCCAGUACCAGGCCUCCUCCUUCCAGGAGUCCCUCCGGGAGGAGAACGAGAAGAAGGCGUUGAAGGAACCCAUGGACACGGAACCGCCAUCGGCAGAGAAUGUGGCCCGCAAGAGAAGGGGCCCCCUGAAGCACAUCAAGUUCGGGACCAACAUCGAUGUGUCGGAUGAACGGAAAUGGAAGCAGCAGCUGCAGGAGCUCAGCAAGCUGCCGGCGUUCGCCCGCGUGGUUUCCGCCGGCAACCUGCUGAGUCACGUCGGCCACGCCAUCCUGGGCAUGAACACCGUGCAGCUCUACAUGAAGGUCCCCGGCAGCAGGAUACCAGGCCACCAGGAGCACAACAACUUCUGCUCGGUGAACAUCAACAUCGGGCCGGGGGACUGUGAGUGGUUCGCCGUGCCGGAGCCCUACUGGGGCGUGAUGAGCUCCUUCUGCGAGAAGAACAACAUCAACUUCCUGAUGGGCUCGUGGUGGCCCGACCUGGAGGACCUGUACGGGGCGGACGUGCCCGUGUACCGCUUCAUCCAGCGGCCCGGAGACCUGGUGUGGCUGAACACCGGCACCGUGCACUGGGUGCAGGCCAUCGGCUGGUGCAACAACAUCGCCUGGAACGUGGGGCCCCUCACCGCCCACCAGUACAAGCAGGCGGUGGAGCGCUACGAGUGGAACAAGCUGCAGAGCGUCAAGUCCAUGGUACCCAUGGUGCACCUCUCCUGGAACAUGGCGCGCAACAUCAAGGUGUCCGACCACAAGCUCUUCGAGAUGAUCAAGUACUGCCUCCUGCGGACGCUGAAGCAGUGCCAGCGGGUGAAGGAGUGCCUGGUGGCGGCGGGGAAGGAGACGCGGCUGAGGCCCCGCGGCCGGGACGAGGCCGCCCACUACUGCACCAUCUGUGAGGUGGAGGUGUUCAACCUGCUGUUUGUGCGCAGCGAGCUGCAGAGCAGGAAGCAGUGCGUGGUCCACUGCCAGGACUGCGCCCGCAAGGGCAGCGCCACGCUGGACAGCUUCACCGUGCUGGAGCAGCACCGCGCCGAGGACCUCAUGGCCGUCUACGACCAGUUCUCCCUGGCGCCGCCGCUCCACCCCUCGUCGUCGUCUUGACAUCAGACCACGCCCACCACUUACGGCGCCGCCCCCCCGCCGCCCGCCCACGGCAGCGGGCGGAGUCUUUUGGAAGGAAAAGACGAGAAAUAAACGGAGAAGAAAAUACAAAAAAAAUAAAAAAAGAGGAGACAUUUAAUUAAAUUAAAAACGUACACGGACCAUUUCUGAUAUUCAGGAAAAGCCAAGGCCGUUCCCCCCCUCCUCCCCUCCCUAGCCACCGCCACCCCCUGCCCCCCCCCCGUCUCCGCCCGCCUGGUCUCCAUGGCGACAGGUCAGAGCCCAAGUGUCUGUCUAUGCAAUGUGUCUCAAAGUGCUGGCUGCUGCCCUCCCAUUGGCCGAGGGAGGGACAAGGGGGGGCCGGGGGUGAGGGGCGCGGCAUUCUGUGCACUAAACGCCCCCCUCCCCCCUUCCCAACACAGGACUUUAUAAAUAUAGUUUUCUUAUUUUUAUUUCUUCGUUUCACCCCCACACAACCCCCCCUGUUCUUUCCCUUCUCCCUCCCCCCACCCCCCCCCCCCCCCCCCCCCCCCUUUAGUGACAAUAGUUCCGCCCUGUUUUAUCGGACAACUUUAACGAGACUCCGGGGUUGUGGCGGGGGCGGGGCCUCGACGGAGCAGUAGUUUGGAUUGUGUGAUUGCGACGUGUGUUUUUCUUUUUUUUUUGGGGUUCUUUUUUUUUGUAGAUAAUUACCGCGAAUGGCGUCGCCAUUUGUUAAAAACGACUACUGACGUGACUACCUUUUCUUCUUUUCUCUCGCUUUCUUCUCGUUUGUUAAAUUUUCGGUUAACAGAAUGAAUCGCUGGCUUUAUCCCCCUUUUUCUUUUUUGUUGGAUUUCUCUCUCUCCAUUAAUUUUCUUGUUUCUUCCCGUUUUUGUCUAAUGGCGUACUAGCCUAACUGGUCUUCAUUUUCGAUGGUAGAUAGUGAUUUUAAGACUUUGAAAUCUACAAAAAAAAUGUAAUGUGAAAAGCUUGGAUGAUGAUUUUUUCGUUCCUAUUUUUAUUUCACAGCUUUUUACAUUUAACAUCUCCGUUCAUUUUGAAACUUUCUUUUUCAUUUUAGUUUAAAAUAGGAAUAUUUUUAGAGGAUAAAAAUAACUAGCCAAGUCACAAAGAAAAUGGGUUUGCACAUAGACUUAUGGAAUAAAAGCUUAAUUUGUGAUUUUGUUUUUUCGUUAAAAUUUCUAAUCUCAAUGUAAAUUCACACUAUUUAUAAAAUACAUAUUUAUUGCUUGAAAGUAUUUGUUGAUGGAAUGCUGUCCAUUUUUUUCCAGAAUACCUGCCAUUAAAUUUGAAGGAGAGCUGUCAUUUGGACACGCCUCCGCGUACAUUUUUCUAUAUAUGAAUAAACUGCUUAGCAAGCGUUGUACAGAAACGUUUAAAAUCGUUUUAUUGUUUGAAGAAUGUUUUAUGGGUCAAUAAACACAAAAGUUGUCAAAUUA